AUGGCAGGACAACUAGGAGUGCUUAAUGCACUCGAUGUGGCCAAGACACAAAUGUACCAUUUCACAGCAAUUGUGAUUGCUGGAAUGGAUUACACCAAAGCGAAGCCCGGUGUUCUUCCUCCCGGUGUUCAAGCCGGAGUAACCGGUGUCGCGCUAGUUGGCACUUUAGCAGGCCAACUAUUCUUCGGUUGGCUUGGUGACAAAUUGGGAAGAAAGAAAGUUUAUGGAAUGACCCUUAUGCUUAUGGUUUUGGCUUGGUUUUGGAAUUGGUGGGAUUCGGAAUCAUGGCUGGUGGAAUAUUUGGCUUGA